GGAGGGAGGUGCAUCUUUCAAACCGCGGAGGCGAGUUAUCUCUAGGCUGACGUCGGUGGUGGAAGGGAGAGCCGCUGCCAACCAAUGCUCGCCCUCUGACGGCGUCAGUAGUCCGAGCUGUGCCGGAAGGAAGGAAGGAAUCUCCAGCCUAGAGAGAGAGGAGGAGUGGGUGCUCGCCCGGCAGCAGCAGCAGCAACAGCGGCGGCGGCGGCGCGAUGUGUCUGUGAUAGCGGCCGCUGAGCAUCCAUGGCGUGGCGGGGGUAACCGGGACCCCGGGCUCCUGCUGCUAACCGGCUGCUGCCGUCUCUGCCUUUAGUUUCCGCAAGAUUGACGCAGUACACGAAAAAAACCCCAAAGUUGUUGUUGUUGCGGAAUGGAUGAUGUUGUCUCCAAGUUGUGGGCAGCCGGCAUGCGGAAGGCGCUGCUGAUUGUGGCCAUGGCCGGCGGGGUGUGUGUCCUGGCGGAGCCCAACAUCACAGCCCUCGCUCCCGCUCCCUACUAUGUCAACAUCGGCGACGGCUCCGCCACACAGUUCGACUUCCCCGAAAACACCCAGGGUAUUAUCGUGGUCUCCAGCCGAUACCGAGCGGCCACAGACAAGGGCUGCACCCGACUGACAGUCGAGUCUCUGGAUCAGGAUGUGCUCAAAAUCAUCAACGUUACAGAUGCCGAAAACAGUGGGCUGGUGAAAAGUUACAUUGUCAGCAUUCAGUCCAGACUGGCCGGCACCGCGCCGCUCUUAAUCAGGCUGCAAGACGUCGCCAGGGUGAAGCCACUGACCGUGGAGAAGCGGACAGAUUACAUCAUUAAAGUGUCGCCCAGAAACGAUGCAAUAAGUUACAAUGGUCUGGCGCAUUUCUCUGAACACCCACUCCUGUACUUUCUUUUACCAUUGAUAUUUAUAAAUAAAUGUGCUUUUGGCUGUAAGGUGGAGAUAGAAGUCCUUCGUGGUAUUCUGAAGCAGCCACAGCCUGUAAUUCUGGGCGUGAUAGGACAGUUUGUCAUCAUGCCCUUGUAUGGAUAUAUUUUAUCCAGGAUCUUUUCUCUGCCUAAAGCCCUUUCCCUUGGUCUGGCAAUUACCUGCUCUGCCCCAGGAGGAGGGGGAGGUUAUCUUUACAGUCUUCUUCUGGGAGGGGAUGUAACCCUUGCUAUUUCCAUGACCUUGAUUUCCACUUUGGUCGCCACUGGUAUGAUGCCACUUUCAUCCACAAUAUAUAGCCACAUUCUCAAUGUUCAUGAAACACUUCAUGUGCCAUUUACCAAGAUUCUGGUGACAUUGUUGUUCAUAGCUAUUCCCAUUUCGACAGGAAUGUUAAUCAAGUAUAAAUUACCACGGGUCAGCAAGUUCUUACUUUUGUUUAUUCAACCGCUCAGUUUUAUAUUGAUCAUUGGAGGACUCUUCAUGGCUUAUCAGAUGGGAGCUGACAUACUUUACAAUGUGCGUAAAGAGAUCAUUCUUGCUGGAGUUGCUGUUCCUGUGUUUGGACUGUUCAUUGGAUAUCUCAUGGCCUAUUGUUUAAGGUUGCCUGUACCUUUGUGCAAAACAGUCAGUAUAGAGAUUGGAGUCCAAAAUAGUCUGCUAGCUCUUGCUGUACUUCAGUUGUCCUUCCGCCGCAUCGAAGCAGAUUUUGCCUCGCAAGCUCCUUUCAUUGUGGCUCUGAGCAGCACUUCAGAAAUGUUGCUGCUUGUGAUUGUUCAUUUCAUAUACAAAAAACUCAGGCCCAGUCCAGUCUCUGAAGACAAUGGCUUUAAAUCUUAACCCUUCUUGGAUUUGUUCCAAUAAAGCAAAUUCGCUGCACUGCAAAUGUAUUUGAAAUAUUUUUGUAUUGACCUAUUUUCUAAAAUGAGAGUAUAUAGCUACUGCAGUAACUUAAUAUGUUUACAUGGCUUUCCAAAAUGAGCCACUUUCAUGUUUUUUUUUGUUGUAAGCACAAAUGGACUAAUUGGAAAGAUUUUGGUGUGUUAAAAUAGGAACUCUGGUGUCACCUAGUAUCUAAUUUCAGUGGAAUUCAGCUGUAAAAUGUUCUUGUUGAAGAGAAGAAAUGUCUUUAAUUUUUUUUAAGUGUUCUUGCUUUAAAAUAGCUGUGACAUUUUCUUUUUUGUGCAACAGAUUGUGCAGUGGCAGUUCCUGCUCCCAUUAACAUUAACACCAUGACAUUUCAAACGCGAGCAAUACUCUGGGACAUUGCCACCUAGGCAUAAUAAGGAUUUCAGUAUUGUCGGAAAGGCAAUUGUCAGUGUUUUCUGCUUUGAAUGGUAAUUGGCAACAUUGUCUUAAAACA